UAAAAACAAACAUAGCUGAUGUAGAAAAAAAAAAUUGCAAAAACCCACCAACAGAAAUCUUUCUUCGACCGUGGUUGCAGUGUUGGGAUGAAUGGGGCAGUAUAACUGUCAUCUGUCGCUGCCCCAACCGGCCACGCUCCGCGAGGUGACCACAAUUCGAGGUGAGUGACCAAGUGCCUCAGGUUUCAGGCUUGAAGUCUCCAGUUUCUGACUGUGCUCAGCAAUCUGAACUCAGUUUCCCUUUUGUUUUGCCUGCUCCUAAGAAAGAGAAGCUAUGCUGUCCUGUUUCUGGUUCCUCUCCAAGCACAUCAGCCCCUCGCUGGCAUCCCUGUGCAGUCCGCGUCCAGGCUGGGUGCCCGCUGGGCGCUGGGUCCCGGGGCGCCCCUGGGGCCUGGGCUCCUCUGUCCCUGGUCGCCAGCUGGCCUCGGCCACCUCCUCCCAGGACCCCGGUGCUCCCUCCCGUGUGCGCCAGAACUUCCAUCCAGACUCGGAGGCCGCCAUCAACCGCCAGAUCAAUCUGGAGCUCUAUGCAUCCUAUGUGUACUUGUCCAUGGCUUAUUACUUCUCCCGGGACGACGUGGCUUUGAACAACUUCGCAGCCUAUUUCCUCCGCCAGGCCCGGGAGGAGACCCAGCACGCUGAAAACUUCAUGAAACUGCAGAACCAGCGGGGAGGCCGCAUCUGUCUGCAGGACAUCAAGAAACCAGACCAGGACGACUGGGAAAGUGGCUUGAACGCCAUGGAAUGUGCUCUGAGCUUGGAGAAAAAUGUGAACCAGUCCUUGCUGGAAUUGCAUGCCCUAGCCUCAGAUAAAGGGGACCCCCAUUUGUGCGACUUCCUGGAAACCCACUAUUUGAAUGAGCAGGUGAAGUCUAUCAAAGAGUUAGGGGAUCAUGUGCAAAACUUGGUAAAGAUGGGGGCCAAGGAGUCUGGCCUGGCUGAGUACCUUUUUGACAAACACACUCUUGGAAAUGAAAACAAUCGGAAGUAAACCACAGACUGCCUUCCCUGCCGCACGGGGUGGGGGUGGGAGGAUAGGGGUAGUGGCAGGGCAAGACCCAGCUGUCUUUUGUUGUCUUGCCCUUAAAAUGUACCUCCACCUUUCUAAUCCUCUCUUAGACUGUGCCCCCAAUAAUGCAGUUGUAGGGGAAAUGUAUUCAGUCUCAUGCUUAACAGGACUUUAUGGCCAGUGUCGAGCUAAUUACCGCAGCCUGAAUGGUCACAUGGGGUACUACGGUAUAAAUAAGUCUCCGCCCCUCCAAAAAAAAAAAACUUAAAAAUUAAUGUUAACUUUCUCUAGUAAAUAUUGUUACAGACCAUGAACUUUCAGGAAAGUUUUAUGGGUUUUUUUUUUUCAACUCAAUAAAUGCCUGUUAUUCUCAAAACUAUACAAUGAACUGGAGUAGGGAACUAUGUCAAGAAAAAUAACUACAGAAAGAUGA